AUGGUGGGGCGGGCCUGUCAGGAGUUUGCCAGCGGGGAGCGCUUCCCUGCGCCCAGUGCCGCGUGCCACGUCUGCCUCUGCUGGGAGGGCAGCGUCAGCUGCGAACCCAGGGCCUGUGCACCUGCUCAGUGCCCCUUUCCCGCCAGGGGUGAUUGCUGCCCUGCCUGUGACGGUUGUGAGUAUCUAGGGGAGUCCUACCUGAGCAGCCAAGAGUUCCCGGAUCCCCGAGAGCCCUGCAAUCUGUGUACCUGCCUCGGAGGCUUCGUGACGUGUGGCCGCCGGCCCUGCGAGCCUCUAGGCUGCAGCCUCCCGCUUACCCCGGCUGGACACUGCUGCCCGACCUGCCAGGGAUGCCUCUAUCAUGGGGUCGCUGCAGCCCCCGGAGAGACCCUUCCUGAUCCACUUGACCCCGGCUGCUCCCUCUGCACCUGCCAGGAAGGUUCCAUGCACUGCCAGAAGAAGCCAUGCCCUCCAGCUCUCUGCCCCCAUCCCUCUCCAGGACCCUGCUUCUGCCCUGUUUGCCACGGCUGCCUCUCCCAGGGCCGGGAGCACAGGGACGGGGAAGAGUUUGAGGGGCCCCCAGGCAGCUGUGAGUGGUGUCGUUGUCAGGCUGGCCAGGUCAGCUGUGUGCGGCUGCCAUGCCCUCCUCUGUCCUGCCCGCUCCAGGUCACGGAGCAGGCCAGGUGCUGCCCUCGCUGCAGAGGUUGCCUGGCCGAUGGGGAGGAGCACUCUGAAGGCAGUAGCUGGGUGCACCCCCAAAGCCCCUGCUCCUCCUGCAUGUGCCAUGAGGGCAUCGUGACCUGUGCUCACAUCCAGUGUGUCAUCGCCUGUGCCCGGCCCCACCAGGGGCUCAACGACUGCUGCCCUCGAUGCUCGGACUGUGAGCAUGAGGGCCGCAAGUAUGAACCCGGGGAGAGCUUCCAGCCUGGGGCAGACCCGUGUGAAGUGUGCAUCUGUGAGCUGCAGCCUGAGGGACCCCCCAGCAUUCAGUGUCACCGGCGGCAGUGUCCAAGCCUGGUGGGCUGUCCCACCAGCCAGCUCCUGCCCCCUGGGCCCCAGCACUGCUGCCCCACCUGUGCCCAGGCGCUGAGUAACGGCACAGAAGGCCUGCUGGGCUCCGAGCUGGCCCCGCCCGACCCUUGCUACACCUGCAGGUGCCGGGACCUGACAUGGCUCUGCAUUCACCGGGCCUGUCCGGAGCUCAGCUGUCCCCCAUCAGAGCGCCAUACCCCCCCUGGGAGCUGCUGCCCCGUGUGCCGAGAAUGCGUGGUGGAGGCUGAGGGCCGGAGCGUGGCAGAUGGAGAGAGCUGGCAGGACCCUAGCAACGCUUGCCUUACUUGCACCUGCCGUCGGGGCCACGUGCAGUGCGACCUGGAGGAGUGCCCCGCCCUCUCCUGCCCCCACGGCUGGGCGAAGGUGCGAGAGGCCGGCCGCUGCUGUGAGCGAUGCCAAGCCCCCGCCCAGUCGUGCGCGCACCAGGGCCGGGCGGUGGCCUCCGGGGAGCGCUGGGCCGUGGACGUUUGCACCACCUGCUCCUGCGUGGCCGGCACGGUGCGCUGCCAGAGCCAGCGCUGCCCGCCGCUCUCCUGUGGCCCCGACGAGGCCCCCGCCCUGAGUCCCGGCAGCUGCUGCCCCCGCUGCCUGCCUCGCCCCGCCUCCUGCACGGCCUUCGGAGACCCUCAUUACCGCACCUUCGACGGCCGCCUGCUGCACUUCCAAGGCAGCUGCAGCUACGUGCUGGCCAAGGACUGCCGCGGAGCGGACUUCAGCGUGCACGUGACCAACGAUAACCGGGGCCGGAGGGGUGUGGCCUGGACCCAGGAGGUGGCGGUGCUGCUCGGAGACGUGGUCGUGCGGCUGCUGCAGGGCAGAGCGGUCACGGUGGACGGGCGCCCGGUGGCCUUGCCCUUCCUACAGGAGCCGCUGCUGUACGUGGAGCUGCAGCGACGCGCGGUGAUCGUGCACGCCCAGCCGGGGCUCCAGGUGCUGUGGGACGGGCAGUCUCAGGUGGAGGUGAGCGUGCCUGGCUCCUACCGGGGCCACAUGUGUGGGCUCUGUGGGAACUUCAAUGGCUUUGCCCAGGAUGAUCUGCAGGGCCCUGAGGGGUUGCUCCUGCCCACAGAGGCUGCCUUUGGGAAUAGCUGGCAGGUCCCAGAAGGGCCGGGACCUAGCCGGCCAUGUUCCAAGGGCCGCGAGGUGGAUCCGUGCAGGGCAGCGGGUUACCGAGCCAGGCGUGAGGCCAAUGCCCGCUGUGGGGUGCUGACGUCCUCCCCGUUCAGCCGCUGCCACGCUGUGGUGCCGCCGGAGCCCUUCUUUGCCGCCUGCGUGUAUGACCUGUGUGCCUGUGGCCCCGGCUCCUUGGCCGAUGCCUGCCUCUGCGACGCCCUGGAGGCCUAUGCUGGCCACUGCCGCCGGGCGGGGGUGACGCCUGCCUGGCGGGGCCCCACACUCUGCGCGGUGGGCUGUGCCCUGGACCGCGGCUUCGUGUUCGAUGAGUGUGGCCCGCCCUGUCCCCGCACGUGCUUCAACCAGCACGUCCCCCCAGGGGAGCUGGCAGCCCACUGUGUGAGGCCCUGCGUUCCUGGCUGCCAGUGCCCGGCAGGCCUGGUGGAGCACGAGGCCCACUGUGUCUCACCCGAGGCCUGCCCCCCCAUCCAACUCACUGGGGACCAGCCCCCCAGACCUCUGCCCGGCCCCAGCCAGUAGCCUCAGGGGGCACCCGGAGCCAGGAUGACACCAGGACUCAUCGGGUCAAAAGCGUCCCCUUGGAGAACGGCUCCCGCCGUGGCCAGAGCCGUGGAAAGAGUGCCCUACCCAGGCACCGGGAGCCUGGGCCUUUGUCCCACAAAGACCUCACUGUGUUCAGUCAGAAGCAGUAAAACUGGGGGCUCUCCCACGGCAUA